AUGUGUAAUAAACCCAACAAUAACUCUAUAAGUCUUAAAGACAGACUUAUUCAGUCAUCAAAAACAAAUCAUAAUAAACCCAAUGAUACAACACCUAACAGUGAUCCCUCCACCAACACAGUAGAUAACAUGACUAAUGAGCUACCUGCAUCCUCACAACACCCAAAUAAUCACAUCGUAUCCAAGACCAUCGACACAAAUAAAUUCAAUUAUGAAACCAACAACAACACUAAUCACAUACAGAAUGUUCCAAAUACAAACUCCACAUCGAAUCAUAAUAUCAACAUCGAAACCGAUAAAAACGCCUUCGGAACAUGA